GCCAGCCUCAGAGCUCGGUGAAGGCUUCUGUACGAGGACGGGUCGUAUGGGCUUUCCCUCCAUCGUUGGAUACUGUGUGCCAAGGACCAUGGUCUGCUGAGAAGGAGGAGGAACUCAAAGGGGGCACGAGUGACACUCCAUUGACCAUACUGUCAGGGAGCAGCAAAAGCAGGCCUAGGCAAAGGAGAAGAGAGGAGAACGUCUUUAAACACAGCAUCGGGGCAGCUGUGGUAGGGCAGAAAUGGAGAACGCCCAUGCCAAGACAGGGGAGGAGUGCCUGGCUUACUUUGGAGUGAAUGAGCACACAGGUCUCUCUCCUGACCAGGUGAAGAAGAACCUGGAAAAGUAUGGACACAAUGAACUCCCAGCUGAAGAAGGCAAAACCAUUUGGGAACUGGUGGUGGAACAAUUUGAAGACUUGCUUGUGCGAAUUCUUCUACUCGCAGCCUGCAUCUCCUUUGUUCUGGCCUGGUUUGAGGAGGGCGAGGAGACUGUCACAGCUUUUGUGGAACCAUUUGUCAUCUUGCUGAUCCUGAUUGCCAAUGCCAUUGUUGGAGUAUGGCAGGAAAGGAACGCUGAGAAUGCUAUUGAGGCUCUAAAGGAGUAUGAGCCUGAGAUGGGCAAAGUAUAUCGGUCUGACAGGAAGUCUGUGCAGAGAAUAAAGGCCAGGGACAUGGUUCCUGGUGACAUUGCAGAGGUGGCAGUUGGUGACAAAGUACCAGCUGACAUCCGUAUUAUUUCCAUCAAAUCCACCACUCUGCGUGUGGACCAGUCCAUCCUGACAGGUGAAUCUGUCUCCGUGAUCAAACACACUGACCCUGUCCCAGAUCCUCGUGCUGUGAACCAGGACAAGAAGAACAUGCUGUUCUCUGGUACCAACAUUGGUGCAGGCAAGGCUAUUGGCAUUGUUAUCGCCACAGGCGUGAGCACUGAGAUUGGCAAGAUCCGCGAUGAGAUGGCAGCCACUGAGCAAGAGAAGACACCCCUGCAGCAGAAACUGGAUGAGUUUGGGGAGCAGUUGUCCAAGGUCAUUUCACUCAUCUGUGUGGCUGUCUGGCUCAUCAACAUUGGGCAUUUCAACGACCCCGUCCAUGGCGGCUCUUGGAUCCGCGGCGCCAUCUACUACUUCAAGAUUGCUGUCGCCCUCGCUGUGGCUGCCAUCCCAGAAGGCCUUCCCGCCGUCAUCACCACAUGCCUUGCCCUGGGUACCCGCCGUAUGGCCAAAAAGAACGCCAUUGUCAGAAGCUUGCCCUCUGUAGAGACCUUGGGCUGCACCUCUGUCAUCUGUUCUGACAAGACCGGCACCCUCACCACCAAUCAAAUGUCUGUUUGCAAGAUGUUUGUCAUUGACAAAGUGGAUGGGGAUGUCUGCUCCCUGAAUGAGUUCUCAAUUACUGGUUCCACCUACGCCCCUGAAGGAGAAGUUUUUAAGAAUGAUAAAGUGGUCAGAACUGGACAGUAUGAUGGUCUUGUUGAACUGGCUACUAUUUGUGCCCUCUGCAAUGAUUCCUCUCUGGAUUUCAAUGAAGCUAAAGGUGUAUAUGAGAAGGUGGGUGAAGCUACUGAAACUGCCCUGACCUGCUUGGUGGAGAAGAUGAACGUAUUCAACACAGAUGUGCGUAGUCUCAGCAAGGUGGAGCGUGCCAACGCUUGUAACGCUGUCAUCAAGCAACUCAUGAAGAAGGAAUUCACUCUGGAAUUCUCCCGUGACCGGAAGUCCAUGUCUGUCUACUGCUCCCCAGCAAAGGCUUCCCGGGCUGCUGUGGGGAACAAGAUGUUCGUCAAGGGUGCUCCAGAAGGUGUGAUUGACCGUUGCAACUAUGUCCGUGUGGGCACCACACGUGUUCCCCUCACCCCCAUUGUCAAGGACCACAUCAUGGGUGUCAUCAAAGAGUGGGGCACAGGACGGGAUACCCUCCGUUGCUUGGCACUGGCUACACGGGACACACCUCCCAAGAGAGAAGACAUGGUGCUUGAGGACUCUACCAAGUUUGUUGAUUAUGAGUUGGACCUGACCUUUGUGGGUUGCGUGGGCAUGUUGGAUCCACCCCGCAAAGAGGUGAUGGGCUCCAUCCAACUGUGUCGUGAAGCUGGCAUCCGUGUCAUCAUGAUCACAGGUGACAACAAGGGCACAGCCAUCGCCAUCUGUCGACGUAUUGGCAUCUUCUCCGAGGAUGAAGACGUGACUGGGAGGGCCUACACCGGCCGCGAGUUUGAUGACCUGCCUUUAGGAGAGCAGCGGGAAGCUUGCAAGAGGGCCUGCUGCUUUGCUCGCGUUGAGCCAACACACAAGUCCAAGAUUGUAGAAUUCUUGCAGAGUUUCGAUGAGAUCACAGCUAUGACUGGUGAUGGUGUAAAUGAUGCCCCAGCUUUGAAGAAAGCUGAGAUUGGUAUUGCCAUGGGCUCUGGCACUGCUGUGGCCAAGACUGCUUCAGAGAUGGUGCUGGCAGAUGACAACUUCUCCACCAUUGUGGCCGCCGUUGAGGAGGGCCGAGCCAUCUACAACAACAUGAAACAAUUUAUCCGCUACCUCAUCUCCUCCAAUGUGGGUGAGGUCGUUUGUAUUUUCCUUACAGCUGCUCUGGGUCUCCCUGAAGCCUUGAUCCCUGUGCAGCUGCUGUGGGUGAACUUGGUGACUGAUGGGCUCCCAGCCACCGCCUUGGGCUUUAACCCCCCUGACCUGGACAUCAUGAACAAGCCCCCACGCAGCCCCAAGGAGCCCCUGAUCAGUGGCUGGCUUUUCUUCCGCUAUCUUGCCAUUGGAGGAUAUGUCGGAGCUGCCACUGUUGGUGCCGCCGCUUGGUGGUUCAUAUAUGCUGAAGAUGGACCUGGCGUGACCUACUACCAGCUGUCCCAUUUCAUGCAAUGCACAGAAGAGAACCCUGACUUUGAAGGUUUGGAAUGUGAAAUCUUUGAGUCUUCUGUCCCAAUGACCAUGGCUUUGUCAGUCCUGGUCACCAUUGAGAUGUGCAAUGCACUUAACAGUCUUUCAGAGAACCAAUCUUUGGUGAGGAUGCCACCCUGGGUGAAUAUCUGGCUUCUGGGAUCCAUCUGCCUCUCCAUGUCUCUGCACUUUGUCAUCCUCUACGUUGAUCCCCUGCCUAUGAUCUUCAAAUUGACACAUUUGGAUAUGCAUCACUGGAUGGUGGUGUUGAAGAUGUCAUUGCCUGUCAUCCUUCUGGAUGAAGUUCUCAAAUUCGUCGCCCGGAACUACCUGGAGCCAUAGACUCCUUCCCCCUCUAUUCUCCUGUAUCCUGAAUCCCAGAUAACAUAGAAGAGAAGAAGAAGUGAACUUUUGAGUCAACAUGGAAAUAACCUCUUCAUCCCCAACCAUGAUGAUCUCCCCUUAUGCCUCUGCCAUGUCUGCUGCUCCCAUCUAUGCUUCUGUGCCCUUCCCUUAUUUAAUAGCCACUUUUCUUCCCCACACACCUUUUGUACCUCCUUUAUCGGGGACUUACCAGUGUGGGUCCAUGACAUUGGCACCUGCCACGCCGUGUUCCCUGCCAGCUGCUUCCCCACUCCCAAAACACCACUAUCUACUUGGCUUCUGUACAUUUUGAGCCACCUGCCCUUCCUUGCCCUCGCACAUGUGCGCAACCACACACAUCCCCACUGCUUUCUGCAUAAGUACCCACAUCAAUUACGUUCGUUCCCCCAUCUUCCCAUGACUGGAACCCACCUCAAGCCAGGGGUUGGAUUUUUUAAUGCACACAUACACAGAAGGAAACAUUUUGUUAGGGAAAACAAACAAGUGAGACUCCUCAACUCGGAGGAAAUUAAGAGAUUCUUCUAGCUGCUUAUUUAUUGAUAUUAAAGAAUAAACUCUUAACUGAA